AUGAAGCGCACCGCCUCGAUGUGCUCGCUGCCCUCGCCGCCCGCCGACUACGGCUACGACGGCAUGGACGUCGACGAGGGCCUGCGGUGCGCACCGCGAGUGCCCCACUUUGGCGCAGGCGCAGGCGCAGGUGCGGCGCUCGACUCGGACGAGGUCGACCAGCUCGCGUCGUCCGACGACGACGACGAGGUCGCGCCGAGCGUCCACCACGGACGCACCAAGGUGCGCGCCUCGCGGCCGUGCAUGCUCGGCUCGCCUGCGGUCCUCCUCGGCGGCGGUGCCGGCGCAGGCCUCGCGUCGCGCAAGCAGCUCCUCAACCCGUUCCUCCCUCCCGCCGCCUCGACCUCGACCUCGACCUCGACCUCGAGCCACCCUCCCGCCGCACCAGCCCACGGCGCGCCGCCCCUCUCGCCCUCGGCAAGCCCGGUCCGUCCACUGCGCCGCCAGCCUCAGCACCCGUCGCCGUCGCGCCGACGAGCGCACCACCGCCCCGACCCGGACCGCAUCCGGCUCACGACGCCGCCGCCGCGACCGAGCGCCGCAGAGCUCGAGCUCGAGCGGCGGCGCGCAGAGCGCGACGAGCGCCUGAGGGCCAUGGGCUGGGAGGACCCGGAGAACCCGUUUGUCGAGCGCGGCGACGAGAUGGCGAGGCGGCUGAGGGACGCGAAGCCGGUCGAGCGGCCAGAGACGAUCACCUACGUCAAGCGAGGCCAGCGCAUCCGGACAUCGGUCCCGUUCACGGCCGUCCUCACGUCGUCGUCGCCCUCGGACGACCCCUUCACCUUUACCGCGCCCAAGCUCCUCUUCCCACCGGCGCAGCCCCCCUCGCCCACCCUGCCCUCGACCCCGCCCAAACAGAGCAAGUUCCUCGAGGCCCUGCGCGCGGCCGGGGGAGCAGGACCGGCGGCGGGCAAGAACAAGGACGACCACCACGACGGCGGCGCCGCCGCAGCAGCAGCAGCAGCGCGAGAGCUCCCGCCGACGCCGGCGACGCUCAAGCGCAAGGCGCACGCUCCGGGCGCCGCCGCCGCCGCUGCAGCAGCGGGCGAGCACGGCGGCGGGGUGCAGCACAAGCGCGCGCGCAUGUUUGGUGGCGGCCCAGACGGCGCCGAGCACCGGGGCCUGCGGUGACCUGCACACGCGCUCUCCC